AAUCUUGCUUUGCACGUUAGGACUCACACUGGUGAGAAACCAUAUGAAUGUGACAUUUGUAAUAAGCAUUUUAGCCAGAAAUGUGUUCUUGAUGUUCACGUCAGGACCCACACUGGUGAGAGACCAUAUCAAUGUGACAUUUGUCACAAGCGGUUUCGUGAUCGAAGUAAUCUUGUGACGCACGUCAGGACCCACACUGGUGAGGAACCAUAUGAAUGUGAUGCCUGUCACAAGCGUUUCAAACAGAAAAGUGCUCUUGCUUACCACGUGAGGACCUCUAAUAAAUGUGUAUGUAAUGUCCACAUGAGACGCUCUUGA